AUGAAGUGUCCUGCAACAAAACCUCUCCCUGUUCCUCAUGAGAGGUAUCAAUCAGGUGAUAUUUUCAUUGGGGGGAUGCUCUCUCAGAUAUUGUAUCUUUUAAGUGAAGUUAACUACAUGGAACAUCCCUUGCAGGAGAUAAGUUUUGAUCUUCCAGUCAUGAUCACCAAGUUCUACCAGCACCUGCUGGCCUUGGUUUUUUGUGUAAAUGAGAUCAAUAAGGAUACUCACCUUUUGCCCAACAUCACCCUUGGAUUCCAUAUUUAUGACAGCUAUUAUGAUGCAAGGAUGGUCUAUCGCAAUAUCUUGGAUCUGCUCUCAAAAGUUGACCAGUUUGUUCCCAACUUCCAAUGUGGGAUGGAGAAAAAUCUCAUUGCUGUCAUUGGGGGGAUUGGCUACGAUGUUUCCAUGGACAUGGCAGUUAUCUUAAGCCUCUACAAAAUUCCACAGUCAAUUUUUGAACAAUGGGCAGAUUACAUAUGGCUCUUUUGUCCAGAAAAGAAGUAUAAAACUCCUUCCUUUUACCGCAUUGUCCCUAAUGAAGCCCAUCAAGGUUUGGGGAUUAUCCAUGUGUUACAACAUUUUGGAUGGACUUGGGUUGGCCUCUUCAUUGUAGAUGAUAACAGUGGGACACUUUUCCUACAAAGCUUGCAGUCCUUGUUUUCCAAGAAUGGAAUCUGUUCAGACUUCAUUGAAAGAACUCCAAAACAAGCUUAUAUUUCCAACUAUGAAUAUACAUGGGAAACAGCUGAAAAAUAUAAUCUACAUAUGGUGCAAGGAAAAGUCAAAGUCUUUAUUGUUUAUGGAGAAACAAGUUCAUUUAUUUGGUUGACCUUAAUGGUAGAAACAGUCAGUAGUCUACCCGAAGAACUUACUCCUGGUGGGAAGGUGUGGAUCAUGACAGCUCAGAUUGAUUUUGCAUUAAUGAGCUUCCAGAAAGGAUGGCGUUUGCAGAAAUUCAGAGGAGCCAUUUCUCUGACAGUUCAGUCCAAUGAAGUUCAGGGGUUCCAUACAUUUCUUCAGGGGCUCCAGCCAUUUGGGACAAGAGAAGAUACUUUUCUCAAGGAGUUUUGGGAACAAUCAUUUGGGUGUCUUUUCACAAAUUCCACUGGGACAUUAACGGUCAAUAAGAUAUGCACUGGAGAGGAAAAGAUAGGGAGUCUUCCUGGCUCUUUUUUUGAAAUGCCCAUGGCUGCUCAUAGUUACAGUAUUUAUAAUGCCAUGUACGCAGCAGCACAUGCUUUACAUAAAAUCUAUUCAUCUCAAUCGAAAAGGAAAGCAAAGAUGGGUCACCAAGAUACUAAUCUUCAGAAACUAAAACCCUGGCAGCUUCAUCUAUUUCUUCAAGACAUUUCGUUCAAUAAUUCUGCCGCAGAUACUGUCUUCCUGGAUAAGCAUGGAGAAAUGCCAACUGGUCUUGAAAUUACAAACUUGGUUGUCUUUCCAAACAACUCCUUCCGCGGGGUUAAAAUUGGAAGGAUACGGCCCAUUUCUGUAUGUAACCCUGCCUGUCUGCCUGGUUAUCGAAAAGAAAAGAACGAAGGAGAGAAAUUUUGUUGUUACAGUUGUGUUCAUUGCCCAGAAGGGAAGAUUUCAAACCAGAAAGAUAUGAAUGACUGCUUCAAAUGUCCAGAGGAUCAAUAUCCAAGCAGACACCAUGACCACUGCAUUCUCAAAACUAUGAUUUUCCUAUCUUAUCAAGAUCCUUUAGGGGCUUGUUUAGCAUCUCUUGCUCUAUUUUUUUCUCUCCUCACGCUUUUCUUGCUAGGAAUUUUCAUAAAGCACAAAGAUACGCCGAUUGUCAAAGCGAACAAUAGAGAACUCACUUACACCCUCCUUGGGUUCCUCCUUCUUUGUUUUCUCUGCUCUUUUUUAUUCAUUGGACAACCUGGGACAAUAACCUGCCUACUCCAGCAAGCAACGUUUGGCUUCAUCUUCUCAGCAGUGGUAUCCUGCCUCUUGGCCAAAAACAUCACGGUUGUUGUGGCUUUCAUGGCCACCAAACCAGGAUCCAGCCUGAGAAAGUGGGUGGGGAAAAGAUUGGCCAGAGGUAUAAUUCUUUCUUGCUCCCUUUUGCAAGCAGCUAUCUGUGUAGUAUGGUUGGCCAUCUCUCCUCCUUUCCCAGAUCUGGACCAUAACACUCUAAUCACUGAAAUUAUAGUCAAAUGCAAUGAAGGUUCUUCCAACAUGUUUUAUUUUGUCUUGGGUUACCUGGGCCUUUUGUCCAUCAUCAGUUUCAUAGUGGCUUUCCAGACUAGGAAGUUGCCAGAUAGCUUCAAUGAAGCCAAGUUUAUCAGCUUCAGCAUGUUGAUUUUUUGCGCUGUGUGGUUUUCUUUCAUUCCAGCCUACUUGAGCAUCAAAGGGAAGUAUACAGUAGCUCUGGAGAUCUUCUCCAUUUUAGCUUCCACUUUUGGACUAUUUGGUUGUAUAUUUUUCCCCAAAUUUUAUAUUAUUGUGCUGCGGCCUGAGUUGAAUUCCAAGGAGAACUUAAUAAAAAUGAAGACUUAA